GCAAGCGUUACGUGAUUGAGAGGGUGUGCCCUGUAAAAACGUCCGGGUAGGAAACAGAAAACAUGGCCGGGAAGAAAACAGACAUUGAAACUCUUGAUGUGUUGGACUUGGCUGAGCAUGUUAAGAAACAGAGGUGGUGGAGCAAAAUGUUUGGCAACAACUCCGGUCCAGCUGCCGAGAAAUAUUCGGUAGCAACACAACUUGCCAUUGGUGGAGUAACUGGUUGGUGUGCAGGGUAUAUGUUUCAGAAAGUGGGGAAACUGGCAGCAUCAGCCGUAGGAGGAGGCUUCUUUUUGCUUCAGAUCGCUAAUCACACAGGCUACAUCACGGUUGACUGGAAGAGAGUUGAGCAUGAUGUCAACAAAGCCAAGAAGCAGCUAAAGCUAAAUGCAGAGAAGCCAUCUAAAGAAGUUAAGACAAAGGUGGAUGAGGUGCAGACGUUUGUGAAGAAGAACAUUGUCCUUACAGGAGGCUUUGCUGGAGGAUUCCUGCUUGGGCUGGCAUCAUAAAUAGCCUGUACUGUGUUCCAUAUAUGUUCUUAUAUACAGUAUAUUAUAUGCCAGUAUAAUGCAUGCAACAGUUAUUAAUGCUUUUACAUAACUGGUACACUGCAGCUUAGACUGACCUAACAUGUUUUACCUACUUCAUACUCUACAUUGGAAACACAGCCAAGCAGGUUACAUUUUUUUUGUUUUAAAUAUUUUUCCCUUGGAUUUUGUUACAUUUUAUUUGAACGACAUUGGGCUCUAUAUUGUGGUAUAAUUGCAAACUAUUUAAAUAUUUGUUAAACAAUGUACAUAGAUAAGGAGUGCUUUUAAGCGUCAUGUAAAAACUGGAAGAAAUGUAACAGAUUUAACUUGUGAACCUUUUCCUGCACCAAAGUUGAGAAAAAUAUGCUCUAAAAAUGUUCCAUUUUCUUUCUCGUUGAAUAAAUAUUUCAAUUAGUCAACAA